GCGGGGGCUGCUGGGAGCUGUAGUAGGGGGCGGGGAGAARAUGGCGUCCAAGAUCAGCGUGGUGCUGAGGCCCGUGAAGAGUAUCGUGGUUCGCUUCUGCCCCUUCGAGCCCAACGUGGAGAGCACGAGAAAAUUUCUUCAAUGUAUUUACCAUAAAAAAGUCCAAGCUACUAAUACAAACUGUGAAGUGACUGCUGAUGUGAGACAUGAUGGAUCAGAACCAGUUGUAGAUGUUACGUUUGCUGAUGGAGAUCGACUGAUAAUGAAGGGAGCCCACCUGACAACACUGGAAAUGUUAACAGCAUUGGGGUCCAGAUGUAAUGCAAAAGACCUUAAGGAAGAACAGAAGAACAAGAAGAAGAAUGCAUGAAGAACAGAAAAACAAGUGUGUUUGCAUCUACAUGUGUUAUAAACAUCUGGCUGCACAGAAGGCUUUUUCCUUUAAAAACUGCAACAAAAUCUGAAAGAUGGCCAAACCACUUUAAAUGUUCCCUGCCUUCCCUUGAAGGAGAACUCUUCUUAACACUGGGGGUCAUGAUGGUUUAAGAUGCAUAAAUGCAUCUUUCUAAGCAGCUGCAUUUUGGACUAAUAUCACAUGUAUUUGCAUAUCAAUGUGAAUAAUACCCAUUAGCUAUUAAAUUAAUACUGCAAUGAAGCCAUGUCUCUUUAGACAUUA